AUGGAGGCUAAGGUCGAAUUAACGAAUACUUUUUGGUCAGAGGACUAUAUUACUGGUAUUGACUGUCUGUUACGUGUUAUACAAAGUGAUAUAGCUGAACUAUCACGAUUUGCGGAUCUGUAUGAUAGACAUAAUGAGAAUUGGUUGUAUGCUAUCAAGCAGCUCAACACGCUGACGCUAUCUUUGUCAACGUCGAAUGAUGGUAGUUUGCGAAAUAAAAGUAGCGAAAAGGGUACAGAUCUGGCUUCAAUGGUGUAUAGAAACCACUUGUAUCUUUUGGAGAGGCUUACUGACAAACUAAGAGGUUCUACGUUGUCAGAGGUGGAAGAUCCGAUCAAAAAUCUCCUGUUUAGCUAUAAAGAGUUCCAGUCGGAUGUGGAAGACUCUCUAAAGGCAGAUCACACGAAGUUUAGAAAGCAGAUUGAUAAUAUUCGAUAUUUGCAUUCUCAAAUAAAGAACAAAGCGCUCUCUAUAUUAGAUAGUAAUGCCAAUGAUGAUGCCGCUUCUUUAUCGGAGGCCACUGAUAGUGAAAGAUCACUCCCACCGAGCAUUCGAAAAUUGCUGAACUUUGAGAGCGAAAGGGAGUGGUAUGAGUUUUUGAUAGAAUUAAAGAAAGAGGUACCUGUCAGCAAAAGAAAAUGGGCGAUUCCAGCUUUGCCAAAUGAGUAUUUUAGCAGCGAGGCUCUAUUUGAAACGCUGAAGCGUCAGCAUCCCAAAAUGGACAGCUCUUUAUAUAACCUAGAGCAGAUUGGGCAGAACCUAAUGGACCUUGGGGUACUGAGGUCGUAUAACGACGUUUUACACCGCCCUGGAAGCAAAUUCGCUAGUCAAGGUUACUACUGUUGGGUCAUGGAUAUGGCACCACCGGCAGGGAAACUUUUACAAGGUAUUUGGAAACGUGUAAGCUCGAGCAGCUCAAUUAACAACGAAGAUAAUAGCUACACCGCACUAGAACUUUCGCAGCUGAAUGACCAAUUUGUAAAGCAGUGGUUGAUACUUGAGAGUCACAGACUCAAGUUAGAAUUAGAUCUUUCCCAUUUUAUGAAACAAUAUGCUAAAUUAAGUAAGAACAAGUUUAAGACGAUCAAGGAGGUCGAUUUCAACAUGAUAGAAAUGUUUAACAAAAAUUGGGACAUCCAAGGAAAGUUAUGCGAGGAAGAUUUUGAAAAUCUCUGGUACGAAUCAUACACUAAUAAUCACGGAACAAUAGGAUUUUAUACACCUCCUGGCCUUCGAUUCGAAAUGUACAACAUGCAAGGUGUAUUGGCUUCACAACCUUGGAUAUUUGGGACACCGUUAAAUGAAAUGUCUCUUUGCACCGAAGAUAAGCCGAUUAUUUUAGAAAAACUGUUGACGAUGGCACGUCAGUUCGAUCCCGACACAGUUGCUAAAGAAUGGGCAGCUCCUUUGGACCUAGUGAAUAUUUGCAAUAUGAAAAAGGACUGUCUCAAUGAGUAUUUACACAAUUGCGACCACGAUAUCGUCAUGAACAAAUUUGGUAGUAAAUGGGCCGAUUGCGCUAACAUCAUUCAAUUGCUGAGGGCCUGGCUAUUAGAACUGCCAGAUAGCAUUAUCCCUGUAAUCCGUUACCACAACCUUAGAAACAACGAUCAUGACUGGUUGAACAAUAGCCCCGCUGUCCACCUUCUGUCGCUUGCAGCCAUCGCUUCACAUUUCCGCUGGUUAGGGAAAGACAAUCUUGACGCUCUCUUUGACACAAAUCCAACAUCCAGAUUCCCUAACGUGCAGGAAUUCCCCAUCUCCCACCAUUUUAUAAGGUCCCGCGUUCGUGAGCCUUUGCAUUGCUCUAUUUUCAAUGAGAUCCUACACAAUUGUUUCCUGGAUCCAGAAUUUCCCGCUAAAUGUGCUGGUGCAGUUACCGCAACUUCAAGUCCUAGAUCUGGCCGUCCACGAACACACCUUCUGACUGUUACAACCGAUGUGCAUGAAUUUGUCCCAAGACCAUUCAAAACCAGCAGCUGCGAACCCUCUCCAACCCGCGCCAAAAGACUCACCGGCCUUACUAUACUCCCCCAUACUAACCCUAACUAA